GAACCGUGAAGUCUUCACGGUGAAGCGGCACAAAAUUUCCCCUGUUUGUUGUACUUAAAGUGUUGUUGUUCAUAGUAUUCUUAAAACUUUAAAGUGAAGCUAUUCGAUUAUUCAAAAUCUGUGCAAUUUGGAGGAUAAAUUUAAUUUUAGAGGCAUUCUGUACUAGUUGCACCGUUCAACGAUGGGUGUUUGGAGUAGGUUUAUGACGAAAAAGUUCGUCUCAGGCACUGUGGUUGGUGUGGUUGGUGGGGCAGCCGGUUUAUGGCUCGUUACGAAAACGAUCGACCGGCAGACGGUGUUCAACUCGUUCACCACCAACUACGAACCGUCGCCCUGCGCGCAGUGGGACUGGAACUGGGAUCAUCGGGAUCCAAAAAGCUUGGUGAAGCCUUUGAAAAAGGUUGAUGAUCCGGAAGCACAGAAUGCUUACAACAAAGCGGUAGAGCUGGUGAAAGGUCGUGCCACACGGCACCUCAUCCUUGUACGCCACGGUCAGUACAACCUUGACGGUGCAACGGAUGCUGAACGUACCCUAACGGCUCUUGGUCGUAAACAGGCCACGGUAAGUGGCAAAAGACUGAAGGCUCUCGAUCUGCCGUACGCCGAAAUCGUUCGCUCGACGAUGACCCGUGCCCAGGAGACGGCACAGAUUAUCGGCGAGUCACUGCCACAUUUGAAGCUGAUAGACUGUUGUCUGCUGGAAGAAGGAUCACCGAUCCCCCCCGAACCACCGGUCGGCCAUUGGCGUCCUGAAGCUUCGCAGUUCUUCCAGGACGGUGCUCGCAUUGAGAGUGCAUUUCGAAAAUAUUUCUACCGGGCGGAUCCGGCCCAGAAGACGGAUUCGUACACGAUCAUAGUUUGCCACGCGAAUGUGAUACGGUAUUUCGUGUGUCGUGCACUCCAAUAUCCGGCCGAGGGUUGGCUACGAAUUUCUCUCGGACAUGCGUCCCUUACGUGGGUUUCCAUCUACGCGGACGGCCGGGUGUCUCUGCGUACCCUAGGUGAUUGUGGGCAUAUGCCGAAAGAGUUGCUUACGCGAUAACAACGAAAAAGGCCUCAAUCGUCCCGCGUUUCAGUGAUUUGAAGACUUUCUUUUAUUUGUUCGAUUCAAUUGUAUGCAAUAUCCGUUAUGUGAUUUGAUUAAUGUGCUGCAAUUAAUUGAAUAUGCAGAACGUUCCUUUUCCUUGGAUCUUAUAAUCUCCCCCAUUUAAACAACAAUAAUUAAAUAUCAGUU